CCGUGGAACUGAAAACCCAAGCCAAUCCGGAAAAAAGAGAAGUCUCUCGGAGCCUUCAUAGACAAACAUUUUCGGAGAAAGUCUGCGACUUCAGUUUCUCCGUUGUCUCGUCGUCGAUGCACCAUGUUUCAGGUUUUGACGAUGCGUGGCUGUCAAUUUAUUUGGUCCAUAUAUUAAUUUUUGUUUGCAGUCCAAAGGUUGACUAUCAUUAAGUAGCAUUGUCAUCUUAUGCUACCAGUGACUUUUUAUUACUUAUUUAGUUUUGUCCAAUGGUGGCUGUUGCUGGUUCUUUCCAUUUGUCCCAUGAAUUGGGAAUUCACAAGAAAUAUGUAUGCAAUAAACAAUAUCGGAAUGUUAUAGGAAGUCAUAACUUACGGUUAUUGGGCACCAAUCUUUCAUCACUUGCACUGCGGCGAGAUUCCUGGAGUUUCCAUCUUUCAGGAAGAGUAUACAGCCCAGUUUGCUCUGUACCUUAUAGGUAUAGCCCGUUUAAGUGCAAUUCAUUUCUAAAUCUGGGCCAAGGCUUUGAAAUUUCUUGUAUGAAGAAUGCUGCUAUAACUUUGACAAGGUCGUACAAUACUUUACAAGGUAGUCCUCUAGUUCUUAAGUUAAUUCCAGCGCUUGCUAUUGUUGUUUUUGCUGUAUGGGGGCUUGGGCCACUAAUGCGUCAAAGCAGAAAUAUAUUCUUCCAUAAGAGUGAUUCUAGCUGGAAAAAGAGUAGAACUUAUUAUGUAAUGACCUCUUAUCUUCAACCUUUGCUGCUAUGGACUGGAGCAACACUCAUCUGCAGAUUGUUGGAUCCAGUGGUCCUACCUUCCGAACCUAGCCAAAUUGUUAAGCAACGACUCUUGAAUUUUGUUAGAUCAUUGUCUACUGUGCUGGCCCUUGCUUAUUGCUUAUCAAGUGCAAUUCAACAAGCACAAAAAUUCUUCACGGAGACGUCGGAGUCCACUGAUACCAGAAAUAUGGGUUUUCAAUUUGCUGGCAAAGCUGUAUAUACUGCAGUAUGGGUUGCUGCUUGUUCAUUAUUCAUGGAGUUGCUAGGUUUUUCUACCCAGAAAUGGCUCACUGCUGGAGGUCUUGGGACUGUAUUGCUGACACUUGCCGGUCGUGAGAUAUUCACAAAUUUCCUCUCGAGUGCAAUGAUUCAUGCAACCCGUCCUUUUGUUGUGAAUGAAUGGAUUCAAACGAAGAUUGAAGGCUAUGAAGUUUCUGGUACUGUUGAGCAUGUGGGGUGGUGGUCACCAACAAUUGUUAGAGGUGAAGAUCGUGAAGCAGUUCACAUUCCAAAUCACAAAUUCACGGUGAAUGUUGUGAGAAAUCUUACUCAAAAAACUCAUUGGCGUAUCAAAACCCAUCUGGCUAUUAGUCACUUGGAUGUCAGUAAGAUUAAUAAUAUUGUCGCUGAUAUGCGCAAAGUGUUGGCUAAGAAUCCUCAAGUAGAACAACAGAGGUUACAUAGAAGAGUAUUUCUGGAAAAUAUUAAUUCUGAAAAUCAGGCUCUUUUGAUCUUGGUGUCCUGCUUCGUGAAGACCUCACAUUUUGAAGAGUAUCUAUGUGUCAAGGAGGCUAUACUGUUGGAUCUUCUCAGAGUCAUUAGCCAUCACCGGGCUCGACUUGCCACUCCCAUUCGUACAGUUCAGAAAAUAUAUAGUGACGCCGAUUUGGAAAACAUACCAUUUGCAGAUUCAAUAUUUGAUCGUGGGGCAGCAUCCAAACGGCCAUUUCUACUGAUCGAGCCGUCUUACAAGAUCAAUGGAGAAGACAGGAAAUCUCGGUCAGCACGCACAAGUGGAGAGCAAGACAGCAAGGCCAUAGCACGGCCCACACCUGAAAGCAAGGCAGAUGGUAAGAAUGGAGCCAUGCCAACAUCUGAUUCUAAAGCCAAAGAGACACCACAAUCUGACCUCAAGACCAGUGAGAUGUCAAAAUCUCAUUUGAAAGCAGAUGCUAAGGCUGUAGAAGUUCCAAUUGCCGACACCAAAGAGAACCAUGUUGCAACGAUGUCUAUAUCUGAUCCGAUGUUAAGUGAUCAAGUGACGACGCAAUCAGCGUCAAAAUCUACCUCCAAUACAGAUCCCACAAGUUCUGACUCCAAAUCCCUAGGCCCGAUUUCUGAUAAUUCAAGCAAAGAAAUUUCUAACAAGAAGUCACCUAAGAGGUCAGAUGUGGAGCAUGCUCUGCAGAAUGGGUCCAUUGAAAGUCCUUCAGGAGCGUCACCAGAAAGCGGCGGUGGUGAGAAACAGGGUGAUUUUCCAUCGACCUUGCAAUCAAAACAAGAAGGUGAGAGAUUGCUUCAUACACAACCACAAAUAUCAAGACCUGUCUUGGAAGAGAAUAUAGUUCUUGGGGUUGCUUUGGAGGGCUCAAAGAGAACCCUUCCUAUCGAGGAAGGGAUGGCUUCCCCUGCCAUUCAAUCAGACAUAAAAGAACUGGCUACAUGCCGCAACGGGACUGGUGCUCCAGCUGAGAAGGAUAAGAAAGAAAGUCAGCUUCCUAAUAUUCCUAGCUCAACAUCUGGUGAUCAGCGGCAUCAGAAGGGUGAGUGAUUGAAGUUUGUUUUCUUGUGCAGUGUAAAGUUUGUAUAAGAACCUACGAAGCUUGGAAAAAUUAGCUACCUUACAAUGUAAAUCUUUCUUACUAUAUUUUUUUUUCAUUAUUAUUCAAUAAUAAUUGCAGGAAAUUUUUAUUUUC